AUGGCCGAGAGGAAGCAGCCCGGGAAGGCGGCGGAGGACGAGGAGGUCCCUGCCUUUUUCAAGAACCUGGGCUCGGGGAGCCCCAAGCCCCGGCAGAAAUUCUGCGGCAUGUUCUGCCCGGUGGAAGGCUCCUCGGAGAACAAGACCAUCGACUUCGACUCGCUGUCGGUGGGCAGGGGCUCGGGGCAGGUGGUGGCCCAGCAGCGGGACGUCGCCCACCUGGGCCCGGACCCGCAGCCGCCGUACUCCCGGCAGGGCCGGCGCGCCGGCGGGGGGCCAUCUGUUGAAUCGGGCCGGAAGGUGGAGAUCCGGAGGGCCUCGGGCAAGGAAGCCCUGCAGAACGUCUACGACCAGAGUGAUCGUCUUCUGAUCAAAGGAGGUAAAAUCGUUAAUGAUGACCAGUCAUUCUAUGCAGACAUAUACAUGGAAGAUGGGUUGAUCAAGCAAAUAGGAGAAAACCUGAUUGUGCCCGGAGGGGUCAAGACCAUCGAGGCCCAUUCCCGGAUGGUGAUUCCCGGAGGGAUUGAUGUCCACACCCGCUUCCAGAUGCCUGACCAGGGAAUGACUUCUGCUGACGACUUCUUCCAAGGCACCAAGGCGGCUCUGGCUGGGGGCACCACCAUGAUCAUUGACCAUGUCGUGCCAGAGCCUGGGACAAGCCUGCUGGCUGCCUUCGACCAGUGGAGGGAAUGGGCCGACAGCAAGUCCUGCUGCGACUACUCUCUGCACGUGGACAUCACCGAGUGGCACAAGGGCAUCCAAGAGGAGAUGGAGGCCCUGGUGAAGGAUCACGGGGUAAAUUCCUUCCUCGUGUACAUGGCUUUCAAAGAUCGCUUCCAGCUGACGGAUUCCCAGAUCUACGAAGUACUGAGCGUGAUCCGGGACAUCGGUGCCAUCGCCCAAGUCCACGCAGAGAACGGCGACAUCAUCGCAGAGGAGCAGCAGCGGAUCCUGGACCUGGGCAUCACGGGCCCCGAGGGCCACGUACUGAGCCGUCCUGAGGAGGUCGAGGCCGAAGCCGUGAACCGGUCCAUUACCAUCGCCAACCAGACCAACUGCCCCCUGUACAUCACCAAAGUGAUGAGCAAGAGCGCGGCCGAGGUCAUCGCCCAGGCCCGGAAAAAGGGAACCGUGGUGUACGGCGAGCCCGUCACUGCCAGCCUGGGAACUGAUGGCUCCCAUUACUGGAGCAAGAACUGGGCCAAGGCCGCUGCUUUUGUCACCUCCCCGCCCCUGAGCCCUGACCCGACCACUCCGGACUUCCUCAACUCCUUGCUGUCCUGUGGAGAUCUCCAGGUCACCGGCAGUGCCCACUGCACUUUCAACACUGCCCAGAAGGCGGUCGGAAAGGACAACUUCACCCUGAUCCCCGAAGGCACCAAUGGCACUGAGGAGCGGAUGUCUGUCGUCUGGGAUAAGGCUGUGGUCACUGGGAAGAUGGAUGAGAACCAGUUUGUGGCUGUGACCAGCACCAACGCAGCCAAAGUGUUCAACCUUUACCCCCGGAAAGGCCGCAUUGCUGUGGGCUCCGAUGCUGACCUGGUCAUCUGGGACCCCGACAGCGUUAAAACCAUCUCUGCUAAGACCCACAACAGCGCUCUCGAGUACAACAUCUUCGAGGGCAUGGAGUGCCGCGGCUCUCCGCUGGUGGUCAUCAGCCAGGGGAAGAUCGUCCUGGAAGACGGCACCCUUCAUGUCACCGAGGGCUCCGGGCGCUACGUCCCCCGAAAGCCCUUCCCCGAUUUCGUUUACAAACGCAUCAAGGCAAGGAGCCGGCUGGCGGAGCUGAGAGGGGUUCCCCGCGGCCUGUACGACGGGCCUGUGUGCGAGGUGUCCGUGACACCCAAGACAGUCACUCCCGCCUCGUCGGCCAAGACGUCUCCGGCCAAGCAGCAGGCCCCGCCUGUCCGGAACCUGCACCAGUCUGGAUUCAGCUUGUCUGGUGCUCAGAUUGACGACAACAUCCCCCGUCGCACCACCCAGCGCAUCGUGGCGCCCCCUGGUGGCCGUGCCAACAUCACCAGCCUGGGCUAG